GGGACUCUCAUCAUCUACCAAGCCUACAGCUCCAAGAAAAUAGACAAAAGAAAUCAGUUGAGGAUUGAAAGAUUUUUAGAAGAUUACAUAGCUCAGAAGCCAAGCAGAUAUUCCUAUGCUGAUAUUAAGAGGAUAACAAAUCAAUUCAAGGACAAGUUGGGGCAAGGGGCCUAUGGAACAGUUUUUAAAGGAAUGCUUUCCUCUGAAUUGCUUGUUGCUGUGAAAAUCCUCAACAAUUCAAAUGAAAAUAAUGGAGACCAUUUUACAAAUGAAAUGGGAACAAUGGGUCGCGUGCACCAUGUCAAUGUGGUUCGCUUGGUUGGCUUUUGUGCUGAUGGGUUUAUACGAGCUCUUGUGUAUGAAUUCUUACCAAAUGGCUCAUUACAAAACUUUUUAUCAUCAGCAGAUAAUAAAAGUUCUUUCCUUGGUUGGGAUAAGUUGCAAGAUAUUGCUUUAGGUAUAGCCAAAGGCAUUGAGUAUCUUCACCAAGGGUGUGACCACCGAAUCCUCCAUUUCGACAUCAAACCCCAUAACAUUUUGCUAGACCAGAAUUUCACUCCGAAAGUUUCCGAUUUUGGUCUAGCCAAGUUAUGCACAAGGGAUCAAAGUGCAAUAUCCAUGACAACCAUCAGGGGAACCAUGGGCUACAUUGCACCCGAAGUGUUCUCUAGGAAUUUCGGUAGCGUGUCCUACAAGUCAGAUGUCUAUAGUUUCGGGACGUUGUUGCUGGAAAUGGUUGAUGGCAGAAAAUACUUUAAGGUCAUGGAGGACUCCACCAGCCAAGUCUACUUCCCGGAAUGGAUUUAUAACCUUUUGGAACAAGGGGACGACCUAAGGAUCCAUAUUGAGGAUGAAGGAGAUGCUAAAAUUGCAAAGAAACUUGCCAUUGUGGGUCUAUGGUGCGUCCAAUGGCACCCAAUAGAUCGUCCUCCAAUGAAAGUUGUAGUUCAAAUGUUAGAAAGAGAAGGCGACAAUCUAACCAUACCAGCCAAUCCUUUCUGCUCUACUUCGAAUUGAAUGAAUACAACUAUACUGUCUGCAAGGCAUCUGGACAUUUGCGUACCUGAAGAGUUCUACCAGUCACCAUGAUUUGAUAUGAGAUCAUGCACUGUAAUAUUAAAUAACAUGUGGUGUUGAAUAUCGUAGUAUAUGCUAAGUGUUUGGGUUUGAAUUUGUCAUGAGUCAAAUUGUAGUAUAUGCUAAGUGUUUGAAUUUGAAUUUCUAAACAAAU